UUCUUUCCUUCCCAUCCCCCCGUGGCCGUUCUCUCUUUCCCUCUCCUUUUCUUCUUCGAUCUCGUAUACGAAAAAAAGCCCCUCUCUUCUCUUCUAUCACUUCUCUUCCUUUUUCAUAUUAAUCGUUGCUUUUUCAUCCUCCCCGGAUCUCUCUUCUUCUUCUUCUUGCUCUCCUUUGAUCCCUUGAACCCCGUGAGAGAACUCCCCCUUCUCCUGCAUCGUUCUUUCUCUCCACGAACCUAUCCUCGCUCUCCUGCUCCUUCCCACUCUCUCUCUCUCUCUUCCAAAACUCUAGGGUUUCUGAAUACCGUAUCAACCCCGCCAAACGGAAAGACAUAUUUCCCCGACGGAGUGGAGACGGCUUCCUGUUAAUCUCAGGUGUCUUUAGUGCUUUUGGAUGACCUUGCUACGACCAUUAAAAUAUGGCAUCCAGUGCGUUGACCGGAGAGCGAAGGUGGUCUGCCAGAAGAGGCGGCAUGACUGUUUUAGGGAAAGUUGCUGUACCAAAACCAAUUAACCUGCCCAGUCAAAGGUUAGAAAAUCAUGGUCUGGACCCAAAUGUGGAAAUUGUGCCCAAGGGGACCCAUAGCUGGGGCAGUAGAUCAUCUUCAUCCUCAUCAAAUGCAUGGGGUUCGUCUACUCUCUCUCCAUCCGAUGGUGGUACUGGUUCCCCUAGUUAUGUUAGUGGUCGUCCUUCAUCUGGUGGUGGCACAAGGCCAUCAACCGCAGGUAGCGAUAGAGGCCAUGAACCUUUAGCUAAUGCGUGGAGUUCUAGCUCUAGGCCGUCAUCAGCCUCAGGUCCAUUGACGUCGAGUCAGACUGCAAUCACUGCAUCUCGUCCUCGUAGUGCUGAUACAAGACCUGGAAGCUCUCAGUUAUCUCGGUUUGCAGAACCUUUGUCUGAUAACUCAGUAGCUUGGGGUGCUAGUGGGACUACUGAAAAAUUGGGGGUGGCACCGUCUAAAAAGGAUAGCUUUUCACUUACUUCUGGUGAUUUUCCAACUCUUGGCUCUGAAAAGGAAACUUCUACGAAGGACACAGAUAUAGCAGAGCAUGUUUUUCCUCAUGACUCGCCUUCUGGCGGAGAACCAGUGAAAGAGAGCACAGCUGAUGGUGUAGCCGUAGAUUCUGGAAGCGCAGACUUGAAGAGUGACAAUACAAAUGCUUGGAGAAGAGAGAGUUCCUUCUAUCAGAGAGAGGGAGUUAGGCCCAAUGUUGAGCAAUGGCAUGCUGAUCCUCAACCAUAUCCUAAUUCUACUAUCCCUCAACAUUUCGAUGCUUGGCACGGCCCUCCCUUGAAUAAUCAUCCAGGUGGCGGUGUUUGGUAUCGGGGUCCUCCAGGUGGUCCACCAUUUGCGCCACCAGUUGGGCCUGGUGGAUUCCCUAUGGAGGCAUUUCCUUAUUACCGGCCUCAGAUUCCCCCUGGUGCCAUGGCAAAUGCACAGGCAGUGCCCCCACAGCCAUCAGCUGGUCCAAGAGGUCACCCAAAACAUGGAGAUGUGUUUGGACCUCCCAUACAUGAUGCUUAUAUUCGUCCUGGCAUGCCAAUUAGACCUGGAUUUUAUCCGGCCCCAGUUCCUUACGAGGGAUAUUACGGUCCUCCCAUGGCGUACAACAACAAUGCUAACGAACGAGACAUUCCUUACAUGGGAAUGCCUGUAGGUCCUGGUGCAUAUAACAGAUAUCCAAAUCAAAAUGCUCAUGAAUCUGGUAAUUCCCAUGGAAGAUCCAGUGGAUUUGGCUCUAAUAAUGGUAAAGGAUUUGUUUCGGAGAAGGUGGAAUCUGGUCAUCAUCCUCGUGAUACUCAAGGCCCAUAUAAAGUUCUUCUGAAGCAGCGUGAAGGGUGGGAUGGAAAAGCUGGGGAGCAGAAGUGGGAUGAUAACAGGGCAGCCAAUGUGGUACAUCCUGGAAAUGGAGACCACCCUAGAAAGUCAGCUUUGGAUAAUGGCUGGAGAACAGAUCAGGUCAAGAGAAACGAUGGCAUGGAAACAAAAAGAGUCAUUUCUGGAAGAGAUUCUGGCAUUGUUGACCACAAAGCUGGUGCUUCUUCUGCCAGACCAAUAGGCACUGAAAAUGGUGUGACGCUAAAUCCAUCUGAUACUGGUCUUGAUCAGAUAUCAGAGCAUGGGGAACAUGGAGCUUCCUUUCCCAAAUCAGUGUCAUGCUCUAGAGACCCUAGUCUUAUGAAAAAAAUUGAAGGUUUAAAUGCUAAGGCUCGGGCUGCUGAUGGAAGGCAAGAUGCCAAAUCAGUUAGUAGUAGGGAUGAGCAGAAGAAUAAGCAAAAAAUGGACAGUAUCAGGAGCAAUCAUCAUCCUGUAAAUGAAGAUGUAAGUGGUUUUGUUCCUCCGGAAAAACCAGCAAGUGAUGCAUCUGUCACCACUAGCUCCUUUGAUGAUCAGAGUUCUGGAACAGGUAAGAGUCUCGGCUUGACAGUUGCAAGUGGCGGAACAGAUAUAACAAGGAGGUCUACUCAGGGUAUGCAUAUUAAAACUGAUCAUCGUGGUAAAGGAAGAUCUAGUACUCAGGAUGCUGAUAGCUGGAGGCGAAGGACUCAAGUUACCGAGUUGAAUGAUGGUAUUUCAAGUGUACAUGUAAGUUCUGCUGUGCGCAGCCAUGACUGUACAUCGGUUGAGGCCACUGAGAAGUCUGUUUCACAUCAAGGCAAUGAUAGGGAGUCGAUGCUACAAGCAUCUGAGCCAAGUGAUACCCAGGCACAGCGAGCUAUGAUGAGAGAGCUAGCUCGCCAGAGACUCAAGCAGAGAGAGAAGGAAGAAGAAGAGCGAACUAGAGAACAGAAGGCCAAGGCGCUCGCCAAACUAGAGGAGUUGAACAGGAGAAUGCCUGGGGGUGAAGGUUCCUCUCAGAAGCUUGAAAUUUUAUCUAGUACUACUUUGCCCAACGAGCAAGAGGAGUUGCUGAACUCUGCCCAAUCACCUGUAGUUGUCACAUCUACGGGUAAUUCUGUUUCUGUUUCCAACUCGGUUGCAUUGGCACCUACUAAUGAGGGCAUUACAAAUAGAGUCGAGAUAUCUGCCCCUUCAUCUAAUGAAGUACUGCCUCAAGAAUCCAAGAAGAAUUCCAGUGAAGCUCCUCUCGUAAUGCAUGAUCCAUCUAAAUCACGGCGUCAGGAUUCUGGUGCAGAAAGUGUUAUUAAUAAUGCCAGACAGGAGUAUGAUGGUAGUGGGGCUUCAAAGCAGAAGCGCAUGAACUAUAGACAAAAGCAAAAUAGUUAUUCAGAAAAGACUUCUGGUGAAAAAGUCUCCUUGACCACAGCUGAAUCAUCAAAAAGUCAUAGUACUGAUGCGAUGCCUAAUCCUUCUGUUCCUGGUGAGUCUAAUGCUCAUGAGAUUUCUUCCAACUCUGAAGCUAGUGUGCCAAGUGUGCCUGUCAGCCCAAAUGCAACAGCCGAGUCUUCAACAGCACAUCCGAGGAGGAAAAUCAGGAGUACAAGAAACAAGCAAAAGUUGCAGGAUGCAGCACCUCCUACUGCUGUUGCGCCAUCAUCAGCUCUCUCCAUAGAUACAACUACUGUUUUGGAAGCUUCAAAUGACCGUGUCAAACCAAAAACUCCGGAGUCCUCUGCAGCUCCUAGCUCAGUUCAGCUGGUCCCUGAUCGCAAAGGAGGAAAUAGUCAGCAGCAUAUGGAGCAACAACAUCCUACAUCACCAAAUGAAGAUAUCCAUAUCAAACCUAGUAGUAACCAGUGGAAAUCUCAACCAUUUCGAAGAAUGUCAAGGAAUCAACAGGCUAAUAAUAAAAUGACGGAUAGUAAAUUCCAUGGAAGCAGUGAUACUGUCGUCUGGGCUCCAGUGCGGUCGCAUAAUAUUAAAUCCGAGGAUGGUGCCGAGGAAGGGGAUAAGAAAAGUGCUGCUAGUUUACCACCUGUGAAGAGUGGUGAUCUGCAGUUGCAGAAUGUUACCACAAAGAACAAAAGGGCAGAAAUGGAAAGAUACGUUCCAAAGCCGGUAGCCAAAGAAAUGGCUCAGCAAGGAAAUGCUAACCAUUCUGUGGCUUCUCCAGUAGUUGUCCAGAUGCCUGCACUUGAGACUAUUGUUGGCAGUGUAUCGAUUCCUUUGGGGCCUGAAAGUUCACAAACCACUGUCACCCUCCAGUUUGGUUCCAUUGCCGAAGCCACCAGGAAUGGGCAGGGCACCAGACAGAUUAAGCCUGUGACAGUACAGGGGUCAUCGUGGCACCAAUGUUCUUCAGCUGAAUCGCAAACUUCAACCUCAAAUCUUAGUUUUCAGAAGUCAACUGAGAGUCAGCAGCAACCUCAUAACAGAUCAGACGCAACAAGUUCAGUGAAAAGGCAGCCAUCUGAACCAAUUGAUGAAUGGACAGAUGGCUGGACUAUGCCUGAAGAGCCUGAUGCACCGAUUCCAGUCUCUAGUUUUAAGGAUCAGACAGCUACUGCCAGGGGAAGACGGCAGCCACAGAAGGGACUAAAUAGAGUAGGUCACAAUCUCGACAGUGUGGAGACAAAAGUCAGCAUGGACAGUGAAAAGGCUCAUACUCGGUCUUGGCAGCCCAAGUCACAGUCAACUUCUGCUACUGGUCAACGGGCAACCAAGCCUAAUAAUAAUGAUGAUCAGAAUGUUGUUUCUGCAGAAGCUAGUAGUUGGUCAAAUAAAAGGGGUUCAAGUUCAACCGAUGUUGGGGUGUUUGUGCCACCACCUAAAGAUAAGGAAGUAGCUGCUGGAAGGGCAAAUGAAGUGCAUCCUUCUGAUCAAGAGGGUGGUAGGAGGGAGAGGAAGGUGACCUCUCACAAAGGACAUAACAACUCUAGUAGCCCUGUGGAGCCAGCAGCCUCGGACCAAAACUAUUCCUCUUCAGGAUACAGAAGAGGCGGUGGAAACCAGUUCAACAGGGAUCAUCAUCAGGAGUCUCGCGGGGAAUGGAGUGGAACUGCCAGAGAUAACAACAGGCAACAUAAUGUACCAACAGCAAACAAGGAAAGGGCGAUGAAGCAAAGUUCACAUUACGAGUACCAACCGGUUGGGCAACAAAUUAAAAGCAAGGGGAACAACUUUGAGCCUUCUUCCAAAGAUGUAUCUCAUGCUUCGCGUCCAAGGUUUAGGGAAAGAGUGCCGAAUCACGCUAGACGUGGUGGUGGCGACUUUCAUGGACGUCAAGGUGGCAGUUUUAGGGUAUUAGAGACUAGUGAUGAAUAGAGAUCUCAGCAGAGCGUCUUCCUUGCUUUGCAUGGGGCAGAUUGUCCUCCACACUCUGCAGGUAACUGGAGUUGGGUUGUAGCGUUGAGUUGUAGAUACAGCUUAGCUAAUUACUUUCGCUGAUGAUGCCAUGAUGAGUUAACCAGGAUUUGGAGCAAAUAACAGAUUCGGCUGAAGGGCAGAAAGGAGAAUCGGCACAGAAGUUGCUUGAUUCCUUUGAUUGCAUAUUCUUCUUUUUAUUCUCUGUGUCUUGUUGGUGGAUGAGAGAUUUGAACCAGAACCAAGUAAUUUGAUCGUGCAGCUAGGUUUGCUGUUUGGAACCCCGUGGGUUUGAGCGGUAGUAGUUUUCAGUUUCAGUUUCUUUGCUCUGUUAUGAGAAAUGGAACCUCCCUUCCACUUGAAUGUCUGUCUGGGCUUGUGGCUGGUUUGGUCGAUUGUGUUAUGACUUGUGAUCAGGUGCUUUUCGCUCCCCCUGGACGGGAUUCAUUAUGCCCGUAAAAUAGUGGUUGAUGAUCUCAACUUGGGGGAAGAGACUUGCAGAGUUGGGAGGGAUAUAGCAAUUUUUGACAGGAUUGAGUUUGGUGGGUUAGGUUUGAGACAAUUCGAUCUUGCUGCAAAUAAACAAGGAAACAUGGUUAUGUUUGAUUGGGUCCCGAUUAUUUUUGGAAAUUUAGAAACAAGGGGAGGAUUGUCUACGAUCUAAUCCGCUGUUUUACUAGUCCUUCUUUCUUGGUCAAAUUUUAGAAGCAAGCAAGCCAACACUGACUGGGUGGUUUACACUUUACACUGUCGACUUCAAGCCUACACACAAC